AAUGCGGAAUUCUCUGACCAGAUCAGCAGGCUCACAGUCUCCACGUGCAAAAUGGCGGACCUCAGAGAACCUUUCGAACUUUGUAGAGUUUUGGAAAACGGCUCGCUUAUUGGAAUAUCAAGACACGCUGGUGGUGAUAAUGUUCUAAUUACAUUUAGAGAUAGAGGAGUUGUUGCUUAUAACCUUCAACAUCAGAAGCUUAUUAACAACUGGUCAGUGGAACAAAGAAAUGAAGUAACAAGUGCUGCCGUUCAUAAUCCGGCGGAUGAAACUUUCUUAAUGGCUGUAAACAAGACGGAAAUUUUUAUAUGGAAAGAAACAGAUUCUGAUUUGAAAUCAUGCCAACAAAUGCAAUCUGACAAGAAUAUCUUCAGCUUUCAUGUAUGGAACAACCUACAAAGCCAUCCACUUGUUAUAUUUGAAGAUGGCUCUUCAUUGUUUUUGUCAGAUUUGCUAAAUACCAGUGAAAACAGGAAAGUGAAAAGAAGGAAAAGUACAAAGUCUUCACAAGAUUUCAGUCUUGUUUGGAGUUGUGCUUUCCAGUAUCAGAAGCAACCAUAUUCUGCAACGAUAAGAACACAGGAAACAAACAAGUACAUAUUGAAUAUCACAAAUUAUGGAUUAUCAGGACCCAGUAACACAAACACAGAGACCGUAGAGAUUGAGUUAACCCCUCCUGAAGAGGAUUGUGAACUCCUGUCUUGCUGUGUACAUGAGGAAGGACAUCAUAUCACAUCAUACUGGUCUAAUGGAGCGCUUUGCAUCACAGAACUAGAAACAUUGCUACAGCUGGGCACAAGUGGAAACAUGUCAGCACUUUCCUGCAGAGUAAUUCGCAGGCUACAACCUAUGCACAAGGAAAGAAACAAAAACAAGGGAUCUGUUGCUUUGUCAGCCAUAGACACUGACCAUGUUUGUCUCUCUGGAAGCUGUACUAUUGAUGGAAAAUUAAAAGAUGUAAUCAUGGUGUGGAACAUUAAGUAUGGUACAUUGCAGUCCUGGCAGACCCUCGAUAAAAUAAUAGAAAAACAGAGUACAUUGCUUGGUCAUGUGCGGAGUAAUGGAGCUUGUUAUGCGUGCUGUAUUCCUGGCUUCAUUUGUGUUGGUUUUCACCACUGUGUGGCUGUAUGUCAGUUGUCGAUUGGCACAUGCUCUUUAGCAGCUGCUCUCGGUCAGUUAGAUUCCACUGCAAAGUUUCUAAUAGAUGAAACUUCAAAACCAGAGUUACUUGUUACACCAAAGCUAGCAAGACCAGGCGAGGCUCUUCAGAGUUGGUCAGAGUUAAUUGUAAAGGAGGAUCAAGUUGAAAAAGAAGUGCUGCAAAAGUUAACAGAUCCAUUUAAGACUCCGACGCUUGAUACAUUUUCUGCAGAACUGGAAAAUUACAUGAAGUUAAAGCUAUCCAAACAAGAUGGCAAAGCUGAAGCUUCAACCUCAGCAUCAGAAUCCGGCAAAGCGUCAAACGUGCCAUUUCAAGGCAAGUUUGGUAAGAAGACAGAAGUUCUAUCUCAACAUUUUAUUACCAGUGUUCUGUCCAGAUGUAUCAACGAGAAAAAUUUUUGGGCAAGAAAAUCGGUAUCUGAACUUGUCAAAACCAAGUGUGUACCACCCAGCUGCAGUAAAGAACUUUUGGAUUGUGUUGUAGAAAAGAACGAUUUGGAGCUUCUUAGAGAGUGCUACGAGAACAUUAAGGGGAUCUCUGAAGAUACCAUCGUCCUUUGUGUACGCCACAUUUUGAGCCCAGAAGAUCAAAUACUCCCUAAAGAGUCAAGUCAAAAUAUCCCAGAAGAAUCACAAGAAGAUGACAAUUUUCGCCGGAUGCCACUGGGCAAGACAGCGGCAAAGUACCUCUGCUCAAUAUUAAGCUACCCUGUAAAUGAUAUUUUCCUCCAGACUAGUUUAAAGAAACUCUCCUUUGAAAACGCUCUACUCUUGUUGAAGUUUCUUAUGUACCUCAUGUAUCAUGGUCUGACAGGCUUCGACGAUGAAGUGGAUUGUAACACACUGAAAUACCCACAGGUGUUGGACUGGGCAGGACUGCUGUUAAACGCUCAUUACACUCAACUGGUUCUCAUGCCCGAAGCCCACGAGCUACUGGUCAGCUGUCACAAACUUGUCGCUCAACAGGUCCGCACUUAUGACAAAUUACGUACUUUGGAUAGUUUCCUGGAGCAUUUGGAGAAGCGAAAGCCUUUACCCAAAACAGAGAAAGUUGGACUCUACAGCAUAGAAACUCUGGAAUUAUGAAAUGAUACAUCUGUGUAGUAAAGGCAGGGUACUUCUCUUUGUUCCUUAUGUCAAUUGGCUUCGUUUGAAGAUUGGGCACGAGAAACCGAAGAUUAUUGUACAUUUAUGUGGCUGCUAUCCGUUCGACGUUGGAACAAUUAUGAAAGAGAUGUAUGGAGUUAGCGCUCAUGAUGGCAGAUUGCUGUACACAUUGCUGUGCUUGGAGCAACUGUUAUAGAGCACGUGUUAGCACAACCUUCAGUUCCACUCUACUUGUGAUAGCUAGAUGAUGGCUUCGGUGCCGGUUGACAAAAAAAGCGCGAAACGAAGACAACGCUUUUGAGCAUACAAAUGGUCUCUCGCCAGAAAAGAAAAUUUUCACGUCAUAUUUUCCAUGAUUAACAUUUUCACACGAGCCCACGAGACAUUGUGACAUGGGAAAGAAACCCAUUAUUGAUGUUGUCUGCGAAGUUUUGGAAGAAUUAAGGUACUUUAAUGAAUGUAAAUAGUAUCCUGAAGAAGUCUGCUCAUUGCAGCACCUUAAAUUCUCGAUAGUGUUGUUUGUAUAGCUUUUUCAGAAAAUAUCCUCCAAGCAUACUUGUACUUCGGAGUACAGUACUACUAUAGAGUACGUAAUGAAUCGGGACAAGUGUUCCACACAGCUGCUUUAUCAGAACUAAACAAAACUAAUCUAUGUAUAAUAAUAUAAUGGUAUAAUCACGUGAUUGCGGUUAGGGUGUACAAAACAAUGGUUACAGAUUAUCUAACAAAUAAGGUAUUCAUAAAAUAGGAACAAACGCUACACAGGUCAAACGUCAAACUUUACAUAAGACGAACUAAAUUGCAAUUUGAGUCGAUCCAAACGGGUAAAGCUCGACCAUUGGGUCGAACGUUGCUUAAUUCGAGUUUCGAUCGAUCAACGCGUUCCAUCCGUCUGCUUUUAAAUUCAGUAGGACGAACUCGGUUGAGUCAAACGUCGAGCUUAUCACGAACUGAUUUCGCUAAGUUUAAAACGUCUCGUGUGACCAUUCCGAGGGCGGAAGAAGGCUGGGUGCAUGACGUGCGUGGUCAUGGCCCGCGGCGUGCGCGGCGCUCGUGCGUGCGUGCGUGGUCAUGGCUCACAGCGUGCAUGGUCUGGCGCUCGUCAAGGAGAGUACAGUUAUGGCCUAGGCUGGUCUGAUGUACUGUGUGGAGGUCUGAGGGUGAAAGGCUGAUAUUUUCCUCUAUUUUCCGAUCUAUUUUCCUUAUUUACUGGCGGAAGUAAAUAGAAGCCAAUAUCCACGUUCGGGUGCAAUUCGUUUCUGCAAGAAAGACAUUCAAGAAAAAGGUUGACUUCGAAAGGUAUGGGUAGGAGAUCCAUAUGGGCUCGAGGUAAGCAGUGCGGGUGAGUAUGUAACCAGAGCGAGCGGCUGAUAAAUUGGGGAGAAAUGCUUGUUUAUUCUUUUAAUGACUUCUAAAAGUCAAAACCUAAAAGACAACUUUUCGUUCAAAAAAAGCUUCAAUGUAAUGGUCCAGUUUUGUUAUAAACAACUCUUUAAAUACUCCUGAAGCUAGGAAAGAAUUAACGGAUUGCUCAUGCACAAGGUAAUGUGAAUUGAGAAUGUCUGGCUUUUUCAAAUGCUGUCGUCCUGUUUUGGAAAAAUGGCUGAUAAAGAAUUACAAUUAUUUUGCUCUCUCCUUCCAAGAA